CUUGGGGUUUCCUUCGACUUCCUCAAACACCGAACUCUAUAAAGUGACACGGUGACCUAGCUCAGCAGCAGAGACUUCAGCUGACUCUCCCACCGCCUCUGGACCAAAAUGAUGUUGCCGUGUGUGUGUGUGCUGCUGCUGGCCGCCUCGACUCUGGGCCUGCAGGACGAAGCCACCCUGGACGCCCAGUGGGAGCAGUGGAAGCUCACACACAGGAAGGAAUACAACGGCCUGGAUGAGGAGGGGAUCCGCAGGGCCAUCUGGGUGAAGAACAUGAGGAUGAUCGAAGCCCACAACCAGGAGGCGGCGCUGGGCCUCCACUCCUACGAGCUGGGGAUGAACCACCUGGGAGACAUGACGUCGGAGGAGGUGGUGGAAAAGAUGACCGGCCUCCAGGUCCCGCUGAACCGGGAGCGCAACUUCACCAUGGCUAUGGACGACAAGCUGGAGAGGCUGCCCAAGUCCAUCGACUACCGCAGGAAGGGCAUGGUGACCGCGGUCAAGAACCAGGGUUCCUGUGGCUCCUGUUGGGCCUUCAGUGCCGUAGGGGCCCUCGAGGGCCAGCUGGCCAAGAAGACCGGGCAGCUGGUGGACCUCAGCCCACAGAACCUGGUGGACUGCGACACUCAGAGCAGCGGCUGCAAAGGAGGAUACAAGACCAAAGCCUUCAGCUACGUGCAACGAAACGGAGGCAUUGACUCUGAGGCGGCCUACCCGUAUGUAGGAAAGAAACAGCAGUGUCGCUACCACCGGUCAGGCAGGGCGGCCCAGUGCAAAGGCUUCGGAGAGAUCCCGCGGGGCUCUGAGCAGCUGCUGGCUGUGGCGCUCUACAAAGUGGGUCCCAUAUCUGUGGGCAUCAACGCCUCGCAGUCAGGCUUCCAUUUCUAUAAGAGAGGUGUGUACUACGACCCCGGCUGCAGCAGAGCAAAGAACAAUCACGCCGUGCUGGCAGUGGGCUACGGAGUGACCGCCUCGGGCCAGAAAUACUGGAUUGUCAAGAACAGCUGGAGUAAGAGCUGGGGCGACAAGGGCUACAUCCUGAUGGCACGUGACCGUGGAAACCUGUGCGGCAUCGCCAACCUCGCCAGCUACCCGAUCAUGUGAGAGGACGAGGAUGAUGAGGACGAAGGGACCAUGCCUGGACUGCCUGAGCAAAACACACACACACACACAAACACAUACGCGCACACACAGACACAUGUGCACACACUUAUACACACAUGCACACAUACAUGUUGCACUUCAUUUAAGAGCUUUGCCAGCAAAAUGAAUCUGAAUUUGGAUUGAUCUGUAUUUUGUGA